AUGACAACUCCCAUAGGUGUGGAAUGGCGUAAUCCUGACCUGAGAAACAAUUACAAUGCUGAUGGUAGUCAUGACUACAAUGAUAACGACAAAGAUCCGUCUCCAAACCUAAAAGCCAAAUACGACAAUUCCCCACGGAACAAACUGCAGGUGGUCAAUGUCCUAAUUAGUGGGUGUCUCCAAUACUUUGAUUUCCACAUUAGCUGGGGUCCCGAGGAUGACGGGAAAACAGUGGAAGGUCCAGGCUACGUUUGCCAAGGAAGCCAUGGAACUGGCAAUAUAAAAAAGGGUCGCUAUGGCUACGGAAACGUGUUUGUGUUUGCCUCUGGUACGGAGGGAUAAACGCGACAGACAUGUACUGUGAUGGAUAGCAAAUUCAAUCUUCACAAUCACCAUCGGAGCUGUUGAUGAGCUGAUCCAUGCGUACUAUGCCCGAGCUGGGCUCUGCCAUGCUUGCCGUCACCUAUAGCACGGCCACACCAAGGAGAC